AAUACAAUUGUUCUUCUACACAGACCUCGAUGAGCUCACUCAUCGGAGAGCCCUUCCAAGUAUCGAGCUACCCUGUUCCAACCAAAAUAAGGCACGAAAAAGUACACAAUCCCACAUAUGCGUCAUACAGCCGUGAUUUUCCCGGACAUGCAACAGUGACCGUCCAGGCAGAAGGCAUACAUAUCGUUGAUCUAUCUGAACUUCAUACAGUAGUCUCGCACACCUGUGGAUCUAAUGUCUCAUUCUCUGGACCUGCGAGCAGCCGGUGCACACUAGAGGAUGAUGAGCGUAUAUGCACAACCUAUGCACUCGUCUCUUCCGCACCAGAGGUUGCUGUGAAGAACAGGGACCGGACAGUAUGGAUUAUGAAGCAGAAAAUAUUAGGUGGCACCUUGGGUAAAAGUGACAAACGCGAAAUUGUGUUGCCUCACGAAGUCGCGCGCAUCUACUCAAACGAUAAAAGUUCAAACAUUUUACUCGUAUCUUCCACUGGUGAUAUCAGUGUCGCAGAUGAUGAGUUGAACAUACAGUCCACUCUCGUAUGUCCACAUCAACAAAAUUUCCUGGACGUAUUCUUCUUCCCUGGCACAUCAUGUACUUUUUUGCCGCCUCAUGAAAACCCUCCAGACACCAUGAUGGUGUUCUGCUCGAGCUCUGACUCCACGCUGCUUCUGUCCAUUGUAUCUGUUACCGGCAAGAAUAUGACCAUCAUCGGCCAAAACCAGGUUUCGAUCUCCCAUGGAGUACCGGGACGGAAAACAGAACACCACGUAUUUGCCCUUUCUUGUGGUCCCUGUGGGGUGUUGAGCUACAUAAAUGAAUCCCAUACUUGGGCUGCUUAUCAGCUCGAGGUAAACAACCUAACAAUAUCCAUGACACAGAUUCGCGAAACAUUAGCUCUGGCCCAAUUAUCGCAUUCGAAUGCCCAUUCUUUUGGACGCGGCAUGUGUCUCCUUUCACUGGGUUCCUCGUUGGUUCUCCUCGCUGCUAUGACCGCUACGCCAUCGUCAGAGAUAUCAAUCCUUCUCUGGGACAUGCGCUACGGUGUAGUUAUCGCAUCGCAUGCUAUCCCAAUCCCAUCCACUAUUGCGCCGAGCAUCAAACAGGGCAUUAAUAUGAGCUUAUUGCUCGCAGAUGCAGGGCAAGUCUUAUUAACGUUGUGCCCUGCAAAUAUUUCACGGACCGCCUCAUCGACCUCCGAGUCUCCAUAUCGUUCGAUAGUUUACAUCAUUCCCCUGGAUCCGAACUUGAAAUCUACCAUUGCUGGUGCAAUCGGAAAAACCCACGCAACUUCUGAAUGGCUGGCACCGAAUCCUAAAGCUGAAACGCUAGCGGAAAAUGACCCUAGAUCUAAACUGCUUGUCGACAUGUCAAAUCAUUUGCAGCACAAUGAACCCCAUAAGGCGGAUGAAGCAUUUUUCAGAUGGGCCAAGGCACACACCUCAGCUAGUGGGUCACCCUCAAGUAAUGCACUGUCAAUCUCGACACCGGACGGAGCGGCGUUGGAAGCUCUUUAUGGUUACAGUUUUGUCAAAGAGCUUUUAGCCCUCUUCUUUACAAAAGAGUACACUGACAAGCCUCAAUAUUCUCCGCGUGUCAUUCGGCACUUGAUUGAGAGUCGCGUCGUCAGCGCAGGCAUGGUGGACGGCAGACUUCUCACAGCACUAAAACAAUACGGCGACUGGGAAAGCAUCAUGUUGUCGUUCAACUCAGUAGUCGAUAUCUCCGAGGACGAGAUGAUUUCCCUAGCCAAGGCGCUUCUUGAUGAGCAGCGAGAGCCACAGCCCGAUCCAGAGGUCAUGAAUGUGGAUAGCAAUAAGGCCUGGACCCCAACUCUAUCGGCUUAUAUGCUGAUGUGCGUCUCAUAUCCAACGUCUCCUGCUGCACUGCGUCUGGCCAUCAGAAAACACUUGCCAGAUGCACAAGAUCUCAUUUUGAUCUUAGAAUUGCUGGACGGCUGGACAGUUGGUGGAACCGAGGAGUACAUUCGUACCCUUUUAAAAUCUGUGGCAUCGAAUACCUCAAUAGAACACCGUGGCGGUGCGGCCCCGCCGUACGAUAAGACAAUAUCAUUCCUGCAAGUCUUGUUGGACGCUUCGUUUGUUUCCCUAUUGCAAUUCCCUCCGUCGCACGAUUUGCUUCGAAGUAUCAUGUCGCAUAUAGAACCCGAGAUAGGGCUUCAUGAGCGUGUGGGGAACCUUCGAGGGGCAUUGGAACCCUUCGCCAAAGCUCAGAACCGAAUAGUGAAGGAGAGGGCUGAAGGAACGCCGAAGGAAACUCCGAACGAAUGGAGAAAAAGACGCAAACAUCAAGAACAACAGAUUGCGCUCGGUGUUGGGCUGUAUAGAUUGGAGGAGCUUGUUAUCUAGCGCAGAUCUGUAUCUCCUAGAAUUCCGUGUUGGAUGAGUGCUGUGCUCUGCAAUGAUUAUCUCAAACAAAAUUUACAAGUCAA